GGUUUGCUAGUGCAUUACAACUCCCGGCAUCAGCCCAUACACAUCGUCAGUCAACCAACAUGUUCGCAACAUCAAGCAUGCUGUUCUGUGCGGGCGUUACGCUGCUUCACCUGUUCGGCAGUGCCCUCGGUACACCGGUGGAUGCUUCGUCCGUGCACGUUACCGUCGAAACCAUACCGGAUCUGGAAGCGUUCCGGAAGGCAAAUCCCGACCUACACACUGCACCACUCACGCCUCGCACCGAGCAGGUAACGGAGGCGGGCAGUACGCGGCAGGUGAUCACUUACAGUGUCGGUGCGCACGCGGCCGGCGAACGGUUGGUCGGCAUUUCCUCCGAUCAGCUCUCCUGGCCGACACCGCAAGACGUGCAGCUCGAGGUGCGAUAUCCUACCGCGGGUGUUGGUGCCGUCGUGACGUACGUCGAGGUACAGGUGAACCAGAGUUCGUCCACCGGCCGGGGCUACAUUGUGUCGGGUGGUGUGGGCCAGCGCAACAUACGGCUGGUAAUCGAAGCGUACAACACACUCUUCUUCCACUAUCAGGCCGCCAUCUAUGGAUGGUAAAAACUUGAGUGGUGCUUAUGUUGUUUAGCCAAAUAAACUUUUGUUUUCAAUACAUUAAA